ACCGGUGAGGCCGGGAGGCACCAGACACGGGCGUCUAGCAUUUUUUUUUUUGUAUUAUUAUUAUUUUAUUGUAAAGCAUUCCUGUGCGUCAUCGGUUCACUUCAAAUGCAUUGUUUCCGGCUAUCACCUUUGAAUUCGUUACAGUUUGUUCUUCAUAUCAUCAUUGACAUCAAGGAGACUUUUUGUGUGGAAUUGGCACAUCUGAGGCAUUUAAGGCUAAAUCUAGAGGAAGAGAGGGUCGUCAAAAGACUUUCAACUGGAGACCCCCAGACCCUGCCUGCAGUCUGCCAGUCAUGACGCUCGCCCUGCAGGAUUCGCUGAAGGCUGUUGCAUUGCUGCUGAUUGUGCAAACAGUGGUUUCCAUGGUGAUCCCAAACGCCACGCACUUGGAGGCUCUGCUGGAAAAGUACCUGGACAUGAACGAGAGCUCGUGGAGAGCCAACCCAAGAGGCAAGAGGGCCAUUUCACAGGGUGACAUGCAGCUGAUCUUGGACCUCCACAACAAACUAAGGGGCCAGGUUCACCCACCAGCCUCCAAUAUGGAGUAUAUGGUCUGGGACACAGAGCUGGAGAGGAGUGCAGAGGACUGGGCCAAUACAUGUCUGUGGGAACAUGGACCAUCCCACCUGCUGACACAGAUUGGCCAGAACCUGGGAGCCCACUGGGGCAGGGACAGGCCUCCGACAUUUCAUGUCCAGGCGUGGUACGAUGAGGUUCGGGACUACAGUUACCCCUAUGUGCAGGAGUGCAACCCCCACUGCCCCUACCGGUGUUCUGGGCCUGUCUGCACGCAUUACACACAGCUGGUCUGGGCGACGAGCAAUCGCAUUGGCUGUGCCAUUAAUGUCUGCUACAACAUGAACGUGUGGGGCAUGAUUUGGGCAAAGGCUGUCUAUCUUGUGUGCAACUACUCCCCACCGGGUAAUUGGUGGGGACAUGCUCCAUACAAGUAUGGCAGUCCCUGCUCUGCCUGCCCAGCCAGCUAUGGAGGAGGCUGCCGAAACAACCUCUGCUACAAAGAUGAUGGCAUGGACAGGCACUACCCGCCUGAGACAGAGGAGACAAACUACAUAGAGCCAGAAGCUCCACGGGCACAGGAGCCUCGACCACGGGCGCAGUCGCCAACGCCAUCUCCCAAUGAGAACGUAGAGAGGAACGAGGUCAUCAACACUGAGCAGAUGUCUCAGCAACUCUCAUGCGAUACGAAGCUAAGGGACCAGUGUAAAGGAACUACUUGCAAUAGAUAUGAGUGUCCUCCUGGAUGUCAGUAUACCAGCGGGAAGGUCAUUGGAUCAACGUAUUAUGAUAUGCAAUCCAGUGUGUGUGGAGCGGGUAUACAUGGUGGCAUAAUAGAUGACGAUGGGGGCUGGCUGGACAUCACAAGACAGGGCAGGAAGGAAUACUUCACAAAGUCAUAUCAAAAUGGCAUCCAGACCCAUGGGAAAAAUCAGAGUGCCAAUGCCUUCACCGUAUCAAAAGUGCCAGUGAAAGCAGUGACAUGUGACACCACGGUGGCACAGUUUUGCCCAUUCAAAAAGCCUGUCAGACAUUGCCCAAGGUUAUACUGCCCCCGCAACUGCCUCGUUGACAGCUACGCAAGAGUCAUAGGAACCCGUUAUUACUCAGAUAAAUCCAGCGUAUGUCGAGCUGCCGUCCACGCUGGAGUCAUCCAGAACCAUUCGGGAGGGUACCUGGACGUGAUGCCCGUGGAGAGGAGAAGAGGGUACAGGGGGACCUACCAGAACGGGAUCAGUUCAGAGAGCCUAAGGAAUCCCACAGGAGGAAAAGCUUUCAGAGUGUUUGCGGUCAUCUGAAGCCCAGCUCCAAGGACAUGCAGUGAAAUAGAGCACUUGGUUACAACCAGACAGUAAUUACUCUGCGUUUGGUUUUUUGACUCACACACCGAGCUGUGCUUGAGGCCCAGCGCUGUCACGACAGGUCUUCACAGUGGGGGGAAAAAAAGGAGCUGGCCUUGGUCCUCUCAAGCAAGUGAAAUAUGGGGGGGUCUUAACCUGUAUCAACAAGCUAUUUUGUGUAACUGUACAUUUGGUGUAUAUACAAUUUUUACUCUGUAAAUAUAGUAUACCUUUAUUUGUUGCUGUGCAUAUCUUUUUAUGGAUAGGGUAUGUAGUGAUAAUAAUUUGGUCAUCUUAACACAAGCACAUAAGGAUCUUAAUCUUAAUCACAAUGAUGAUAAGGGAAUAGUCUCUUGAGCCUGCACACCCGAUACACUUGAUAAAAAUAAUACACUUCUUUGUCGAUACUCUCACAGCUCAAGACAAACUCUACAACAUAUGGUUAUAUUUUUAUAUGUUUAUUUUUAUAUGUACCUAAAUGUCAAAAUGCUGCUGGUGAAUAUGUUGUAUUUCAUAGUUUCUUUUUUACUUAAUUUUUUGUUCAGAAUUUGAUACUAUAAGAUCCUGGCAGGCCAGGAAAUGGUGGAAUGUUCCAGGUUCCAUUUCUCUAAGGAAUGCUCCACAGGUGAAUAGAAAUGCAUGAGAGAGAAUAAAACAUUCCAAAAAAUGUGCUAUUUAUUAUUACAGACCAAUGAAUAAAGUGUAU